CUGUUCACGGGAUGUUGUAGCAAAUCAUGGAAACCGGUGUCGAGUGGUACGCUUUGCCUCGCUGUAUUGCAUGUGACCCCGUUUUGGCUCCAUUCCUCCGACGGAGUGUGAGAUAGUGCGUGCGAGGGAGGCGACCCGCCUCAUCUCUCUCUCUUUAAACCAAGGCGAUUCAUCUCUUUGUGCCUCUCGAGUCCAUAGCCAUAAAGGAGAAUGAGAAGAGCCUUCUCCUGUGUCGACCCACUGAUGCAGAGAGAGGAGGACGAUGUUAGCUCGGAUUGCAGCAGUGGAUGCCAAUCUGGUUGGACCGACUACUUGGACAAGUCCUGCGGUGAGUGCCGUCAGCCUCUCGUCUGCGGCAAAGGUGGUUCCUUUGAGGAAGAGGAGGAGGACCUGUCCAUGGUCUCCGAUGCGUCCUCCGGGCCUCCACAUUUUCCCGAGGAGGACGAGCAUUCCUGCGGCUAUCUUCGCUCCAGCACUUGCUUUCAGGCCGGCGGCUGCCUCUGCUCUGCCUUGACUCCAGCUGCUGGAUUGGCCGCGGGCGGUGCCAAGAAGAGGAGAGUCGAACCGGAGCAGCAGAGACAACGUUCUUCUCUGUUGGAUGACACCGCCAGUUCGCCUCUGUUCAGCUUCUCCAAGGCAUGCUAUAUUCCCGAUCCUUACUCUCCAUUAUCUGAUUUCAAUCCGCUGCUCAGCUUCAACAAAGCCAUUUUGGAGGUCUCUUGUGGCUUUAAGAGAAAUCUCCAACUGGAGAAGCAAAUGGGCCACCUUCAAUCCUCUGUUCCUGUGAAGCCAACCCCUUGGAGACCAAUAUCAAGAAAAGUAGGUGGGAAGAAGAUUUGGUGAUCGACUCAUCUGAAGCAGAAACAUGUGGAUGGAUCUUUGAAGUUCUCAAAAGAGAUCAACUUUAAUCUUCUACUGUACCUCUCUCUCUCUCUCUCUCUCCUCUGUUAUUCUCCUUGUGGCAAGUCAAUGCAGUGGGAAGGAAGCGAUCAACCUCUGCAACAGAGAAGAGAAGAAAUAAUUACUUACUCUUCAGCAUUCUUCUUCUUUUCAUUCUUUUGUCAUGAAUGGAGGUAACAAAAUGAGCCACCAUAGACUCUCUGUUCCCACCCUCAUCUCCCACCUUCUCACAAGGACAUGCAUUCAAAUGGAUGAGGUCCCAUGGAGGAGGAGGAUCCGCAUCGAUCACCGGCCUGUCGAUCGUCAUGAGAUCACAAUAAUGAAAACUCACUCGAUAGAUUCAGUUCCAAGCCAAGUGUAAUGCUCACUCGACGCGCCAUGUCGUGAUCAAGGACCCUUACCCAGUUACCAUCUUGUCCGACUGGUCCAACAUUUGCAUCACCACCACAGGAAAUGGAGGACGCUUGCACUGAGAAGCUGGAGGCACGGUCACUCUCACCACCGGCUUGCCCUGCAUCACCCCAUUCAUGGCAGCGAGCGACUCAAGGUCGCUCUCCUGUAAACAAACACCAAGCUGCAUGCUUUAUAGUGUCAUGUCUCCUUCGUGCUACCGUAUGAUCAAAAUACUUCUCCAGUCAACCUAGUGUGUAUGUGACCGUGAAACAGAUAAGCAUAAUAAGUAAGAGAGAGAAGCAUCCCGACAGGUACGGCCAUGUCCUCUGAGUGUGUUCGACCUGAGGGCACGGAAAGGGAGGAAGACGACCUGCACGCAGCUAGAUGCGCGUUCCGACGAUGCUGUACUCGUCUCGAACACAGCCCUCGGGCCUCAUGCGCACCAGUCGAUGGAUUACGGAUGGUAAGAAGUCGAUGUUGAUUCUUCCGAGUCUUUUGUAUCAGAUGUUUGAUGAAGAUUCACAGAAGAAACGCCACAAAGCAAACCUCGAAGUCCUCAUCCUUCCAUAAGAAAGAAGAAACAGAGGGUAACCGAAAUCGAACACCCAGGUUUCACAGCAGCCAUGUUAACCAACCUGUCUUCUUCCUCGAGCAAGCUCCACGUUAACUAGUUUCUACUGAGAAGCUGCUUUUGAGAGGCUUUACCUGAGCCUGCAGAACACAAGGACAUGAACCGUAGCAGUCAAAGCCAGACUUUUAAGGCAGGCAGCAUGGCCUCAUCUUUAUCCUCAUCCUCAUCUUUAUCAGCCUUAAAUGGCAAUUCUGGACAUGCACAGGCUCUGAUGCCUGCCCAUUCAAUAUGCACUUCAA